AUGGCUGCCAAGAAAAUAACUCGCAGUGAUUUUGAUUGCCCAUUGUUUGGCUACCCGAGGGAAUUGCCUGUGAGUAAGCUUCCAACUUUCCAAGAUGUCCUUCGGAGCUGUUUCCACGAACAGUACCUUCUAGCAUUAGAAAGUAACAAGCCUGUAAGUUUCUCUCAGAUAUCUAAUAUUGUCGCUCCAAAAGUAAAAGCCGUCUUUGACAAAGCAUCAAUACCAACAGUGACGCCCUACAGAAUUGUUCAAUUAAUAAAUUCAUAUCACGUUAGCUACCGUAAUCUAAUGAAGUCCUUUAAGCGUGACAAGGAAAAAGACAAGUACAAAGAGAAAAUUGAGGAAUUCAAACAAAAGGCUUUAUCACUCUUUCAUGUAUCUGCAUGUAAAUGUAAAAUAGCAUACUCCUGCAACUGCAAAAAGGUCCCGGAGAUCUGUGAGUGCCCUAUAUCAAUUUUAUGUAAAUGUGAAAAAGAUAAAAAAAUUCCGGUGCUUGAACUUAAGUUUAUGUAUUUCCAAAGAAAUCUUGGACAAGGAAAAAUUGGAAAUUUAGACAAGAAGGAGUCGAAAAAAAUUACCAAAAGACUACAACUUUCACAUUCGCAGCCUUCAUGCUCUAAGGAUGCAACAAAACCAAGAAUAGCUUCAGAUGGGAGCUCAAUGGAAGAGGAAGAGUCUGAUAGUUCCGGUGACAACUAUAUUCCUAUUCCGAGCAAACAACCGUGGCAAAUGCGGAUACAAUUAAAAAAUACCGCGUUGGCCAGUGACCGAUUUGGUGUUUCGGACAGGGCAACAGCUGCUAUUGCCUCCAGUGUAAUGCAUGACGUUGGUCUUGCAACGAAAGAGGAUGAUUCCCUCAUAAUUGAUAAGAAUAAGGUUAGGAGGGAAAAAAAUUUAUGCAGAUCAAAUCUCCAAGAUACGAUAAAAAAAGAACCAAACUUGAUACAAGGGCUAUACUUUGAUGGUCGAAAGGAUAAAACUUUAAAAAUUGAUGAAGUUAAUAACAAGUGUUUCAGAAGAAGUGCAAAAGAGGAACACUUUUCAAUUAUUAAAGAACCUGGCUCGAUUUAUGUUGGCCAUGUGACGCCAUCUACUGGAACUUCGAAGGACAUUGCUAGUGCUAUAUUGGAUUGCUUGAAUGAGUCAAAUUUUUCGCUCGAUGAGCUUGAUGUAAUUGGAUGCGAUGGUACCGUCACAAAUACAGGCUGGAAAACCGCUGUAAUUCGCACAAUCGAGGAAAAAAUAAAAAGACCGCUGCAGUGGGGAGUUUGCCUUUUGCAUUUGAACGAAUUGCCGUUCAGGCACUUGUUUCAAACUUUGGACGGUGAAACGACUGGCCCAAAAUCUUUUAGUGGUCCUAUUAGCUCACAACUCAGAAAUUGUGAAAAACUUCCAGUAGUAAAAUUUCAAAUCAUUGAUUGCGAGAUUCCAGACAUCGAUAGCAAAAUCUUAAGUAAAGACCAACAAUAUCUCCUGGAUGUAAGUUUGGUUAUCAAGUCAGGCACCUGCACAAUAGACUUCGCAAUUCGUGAACCAGGUCCUAUCUCCCAUUCACGAUGGCUGACAACAGCGAACAGAGUUCUUCGUCUUUAUAUGAGCGUUGAAAGUCCCUCUGAAGAACAUCUUAUUUUGGUACAAUUUAUACUUAAAUCUUACAUGCCUGUAUGGUUUAAGAUAAAAAAAAAAAACUUGAUAAAGGUGGUUGAUCCAGUAAUUGAAAGGAAUGCGUUUUUCGCGCAUCCAGAAAACUUGCUCCUCAGUAUGAUUGUUGAUGAAAGGGCCCAUAUCAGAGAGUUGGGGCUUAGAAGAAUCAUAAAAUCAAGGACCGUAGCUUCCAAUAAAAAGCUAGUCCGAACUUGUAAACCCCCAAAACUCAACUUCCAGGCAAACGAAUAUUAUGAAAUUAUUGAUUGGACUACUACUGCUAUUUCUCCACCACCGCUGUUGCGAAGAGUAUCUGACGAAGAAAUGUGGGCCAAAAUUUCAACUGCCAACACACCAGAAGAAUGGAAUUUCCAUAAAUUUCCGUGUCACACGCAAGCGGUGGAGCGCUGUGUGAAAUUGGUAACUGAAGCCUCCUCAAAACUUGUUGGUGCCAAGAACAGAGAUGGAUUCAUAAGAACAACGCUGCUAUCAAGAGCUUCAAUGCCAAGUUUUUCAGGCAAGCAAGAUUUUAAAGUUCCAAACAUUUAA